AUGGCGGCCGAGCGGGGCCGGGGGCGGCGGCGACGGCGGCGCGGCCGGUGCUGAGGGGGCGGCGGGUCGCGCCCGGCCCGGCCGGGCCUCCCCCUCGCCGGGCACCAUGAGCCAGGGCGGCGGGGCCACCGGCGAGAGCGGCGAGCCGGAGGCCAAGGUGCUGCACACCAAGCGGCUGUACCGAGCAGUGGUAGAGGCUGUUCAUCGAUUGGAUCUCAUCCUUGGCAAUAAGGCAGCGUAUCAAGAAGUGUUCAAGCCUGAGAACAUCAGCUUGAGGAACAAGCUGCGGGAGCUGUGUGUGAAGCUGAUGUUCUUGCAUCCAGUGGAUUAUGGAAGAAAAGCAGAAGAACUGCUCUGGAGAAAAGUUUACUAUGAAGUUAUCCAGCUCAUUAAAACAAAUAAAAAGCACAUUCACAGCCGUAGCACUCUGGAGUGUGCGUACCGGACUCACUUAGUUGCUGGCAUAGGAUUUUACCAGCACCUUCUCCUCUACAUCCAGUCUCACUAUCAGCUGGAGCUGCAGUGCUGCAUUGACUGGACGCAUGUAACAGACCCUCUCAUAGGUUGCAAGAAACCUGUGUCUGCAUCGGAGAAGGAGAUGGAGUGGGCACAGAUGGCAUGUCACAGAUGUCUGGUUUAUCUGGGAGAUCUGGCUCGCUAUCAGAAUGAACUGGCAGGCGUGGACACAGAGUUGCUGGCUGAGCGGUUUUACUAUCAAGCCCUUUCUGUUGCACCGCAAAUUGGCAUGCCCUUUAACCAGCUGGGGACUUUGGCAGGGAGCAAAUACUACAAUGUGGAAGCUACCUAUUGCUACUUACGUUGUAUCCAGUCUGAAGUGUCCUUUGAAGGUGCCUAUGGGAACCUGAAGCGGCUGUAUGACAAAGCAGCCAAAAUGUAUCAUCAGUUGAAGAAAUGUGAAACCAGGAAGCUGUCUCCAAGCAAGAAACGAGGCAAAGACAUUAAGAGGUUGCUGGUGAGCUUUAUGUACCUGCAGAGUCUUUUGCAGCCAAAGAGCAGUUCUCUGGAUUCUGAGCUGACAUCUCUCUGCCAGUCUGUUCUGGAAGAUUUCAACCUGUGCUUGUUCUACCUGCCAUCUCCCCCUAAUCUGAGCUCAACUAGUGAAGAUGAAGAAGAGUAUGAGAGUGGCUACUCCUUCCUUCCUGAUCUCCUGAUCUUUCGCAUGGUGAUCAUCUGCCUUAUGAGUGUUCACAGCCUCAAGAGGGCAGGUUCGAAGCAGUACAGUGCAGCCAUAGCUUUCACACUGGCCCUCUUCUCUCACCUGAUAAAUCACGUCAAUAUUCGCCUGCAGGCAGAGCUAGAAGAAGGGGAAAAUCCAGUCCCAGCCUUUCAGAGUGAUGGCACAGAUGACCAGGAGCCACGGGAGCCACUGAACUCGAUUGAGAAGGAAGCUGAAGCUGACUUGACCAAUCAUCAGCCCAGCGAGGAACAACGGAAGAAUGACUGCAAGAAAAGCAAGAAAUACUCCCGCCUCUCCUGUUUGCGUCGCCGCCGCCACCCCCAGAAGGUGGAUGAGAGUGACCUGAGUGAGGGCUUUGACUCGGACUCCAGCCAGGGCUCCAUAAAGGGCAGCGAUGGCUCAGAAAGUGGCUCAGAGAAGAGUGAUGAGGAAGCAGAAGCUGCUUUUGAUGUGGAGACAGACUCUGACAUGAACAGCCAAGAAUCUCGGUCUGACUUGGAGGACAUGGAGGAUGAGCCAGGUGAGGAGGGAAGUGGCCGAGGCAAAAGUGGGCCCAAAGAGGCCUUAAAAAACUGUGUGGAUGGCAGUGGGCUGGGGGACUCCAAGAGCCCAAGCAUCUCUAAAAUUGAGGCUCCGGAUCCAGCAGUGAAUGGGCCAGCUUCCCUGAGCACUAAUGAUGCAAGCAUAGCCAGUAAUCUCCAGGCCAUGUCCACCCAGCUGUUUCAGACCAAACGCUGCUUUCGCUUGGCUCCCACUUUCAGCAACAUCCUUCUGAAACCGAACAGUGAAUCACCCACGUUGAAGGAUGGAAUAGAAAGCAAGCCGUGUGUCAAUGGAGAUCUGGAGAAGCCCAGCUUGGCAGAGCAAGAUGAUGUGUCUGACUCUGAGGAAAGCAUUUCAAGUAACAAAUCCUGCAGGAAUGAGCGAUCCCUUCAGGAGAAGCUAGAGAUCGUGACCAACGAAGGACUGCUGCUCACUGUCAAGGUGUUCCUGGACUGGCUGAGGACAAACACGGACCUCAUCAUCAUGUGUGCUCAGAGCUCUCAGAGCCUGUGGAACAGGCUGUCUGUGCUCCUGAACCUUUUGCCUUCUGCUGCAGACCUGCAGGAAUCAGGGCUGGCCCUGUGUAAUGAAGUCAAGGACAUUCUGAGUGGUGCUGAGCUCCCAGACCUGAAAGCCAACUUGCUGCUCCCAGAAGAUGUGGCCCUGCGAAAUCUUCCCCCUCUGAAAAAUGCACACAAGAGGUUUAACUUUGAGCAGGACCGGCCCAUUUUCUCGGCAGUUGAGGAGUCUGUUGUUCGGAUUUGCUGCAUUCGGAGCUUUGGCCACUUCAUUACCCACUUGCAAGGCAGCAUCCUGCAGUUCAACUCAGAGCUUGGGAUCUUCAUCAGCAUAGCACAGUCGGAGCAAGACAACUUGCUGCACCAAGCCCAAGCCCAGUUUCACAUGGCUGCAGAGGAAGCUCGUCGGAACAGGCUAAUGAGAGAUAUGGCUCAGCUUCGACUGCAGCUGGAGGUUUCUCAGCUGGAGGGAAGUCUCCAGCAGCCCAAAGCACAGUCAGCCAUGUCUCCUUAUCUUGUCCCGGACACUCAGGCCCUCUGCCAGCACCUGGCUGUUGUCAAGCAGUUGGCCACCAGCGGGAGGUUCAUAAUCAUCAUCCCUCGAACAGUGAUUGAUGGCUUGGACUUCCUGAAAAAGGAGAACGCAGGUGCUCGGGACAGCAUCCGGUAUCUGGAGGCAGAAUUUAAAAAGGGAAACAGGUACAUUCGUUGCCAGAAAGAUGUUGGGAAGAGCUUCGAGAGGCAUAAAUUGAAGAGACAAGACUUAGAUGCCUGGAAUCUCUAUAAAAUACUGGACAGCUGCAAACAACUGACAGUGUCCCAAGGAAGCGGAGAGGACGACACCACAGGAAUGGUCACCAUCAUCACGGGCUUUCAGCUGGAGGACCCGACCACGUUCUCGGCGCCCAUGCAGUCUGCCAUCCAGGCAGCCGCCAAUGCCAGUGUAGAAAUAAAAAAUGUUCUGGAGUUCUACAAGCAGUGGAAAGAGAUGGGCUGAUGUUCGGAAAGGCAUCGGGUUGGUGUACCUUUCUCUCCCCCUCUCGGAACGUGCAGCGUCUGAACAAAGGAAACAAAAAUCCGGGCGUUACUUAGAAAUGAAGAAGCAGCAGCAGCAACAAUAACAAAAACUAUCUACCAAAAAAAAAAAAAUAAAAAAAAAAAAAUAUCCAAUUUGGGCACGCACACAGACACCCUCUACCUGUAUCCCGACCAGACGGCUGUACAUCUCCGACGGCGCCAACUGCUCUGAGAAGAGAGAGGCACCUCGGCACGGCCGAGGCAGAGCUCUGCCCUUCUCCCAGUCGGCAGAGAUGGGCGAGAGACGGGCAGUCAUUCAUUCCCCCCUCCUUCCUCCCCAAAGCUUGCUUGGUCAUCUGAAAUGGGCAGGCAGCUUCUAAAGCGUGGACUUGACUUAAGUGAAACCAAACCAGCGCAGCAGAAAUGGAGCCCUCCUAGCUUGGGAAAGAAGAUCCAAAGAGUGUUUAGCUCUUGUUUGGCAAUCUGGUGACAGGAAAGCAGAUUUUUAUUUCUUACUUUUUCCCCCUCCUUUGAAUUAAUUAUUUUUCAAGGGUUUUUUUUUUCCUUUUAAUUCUUAGUUUUUAUAUAUAUAAAUAUUAAAAAAAAAAAAAAGUAGAGUUCCUUUGGGGUUCUGGAUACUCUUACAAUGUCAGAGAGAAAAGGAAACAAUUAUGCUAUUUAAAAGGGGGGGAAAGCUCUUAAUAUAAUUUUUUUUUUUUCUUUGAACAAGCAUAUUUAUUUCCUUUCCCUGUCCCCCAUGGAACGGGCUCAGUGCAAAGGGAUGUUGGCCUGCAAGGAGAGAGUAGUCUGAAGUGCCCCGGUGGGCUUGGUGCACGUGCUUGCUCUCCUUACAAGCUGCAUGCUUCAUGAGCAACGAGAGGUUGGCCGGGCUGCUUGAGAGAGGUGAAAAGGACUCUGCUCCUCCUUCCCCAGUCCCUCCCACUUCUUUGCUUCCAGCGUUAGACCUUGGAGAAAAGGAGUGGAAUCCAGCAGAGCUGCUGGAAGAGCGAGAAGAGCCACGUGGGAUUUAAACACCGAUAAGGCUCAACCACUUGGCUUGAAUGCUGUGACCCUGGGAUGGAGCGGUCAUCUCCGAAGGACCCAAUGCCUCUUCUUUUUUUUUUUUUUUUUUUUUUCUCCCCUCUUUUUUUUUUUUUUUUUUAUUUUAUUUCUUUUCUAAAUCUUGCAACGAGAUGUGGAGGAGGAGGAUCCUGAAGCCAUUAUCUCUUCUGCUGGUUGUUCCAACACACCGCUGCUGCUAUGCCAUGCUAGUGAGGGUGGCAGAACUUGAGUGUUUGUAUCCCCCCUCCUCACAUCCCUCCAGGGCAGGCAGAGGCAGCGCGGUGACCGCCACUGCCCAGGAGGACUGAGCUCACAAACUGUUCAGUGCUUUUUUAGCAUCCCAAAAAGAAGGGAUGAUGCUACCUGGACAGAUGCUGGAAGAGCUAAUUCCCUGAGAGGGACCUUUCAGACCUCCAUCCUGACAGCAUCUCAAGCAACCUGUGUCUGACGUCCUGUCACACGCUGAUGCUUGGAAAUGAAGAAACGGGUUGCUCCCAGGACAGCAGAGUGGUGGGAACGGCCUCUUUGUAGUUCAUCUGUGUCAGUGUACUCAAGAAACAGAUGUCUCCAUCCACAUGAACUAACAGCAGCUAUGCAAGUAAAAACCACUAGUCUUCUACGUUUGCGUGUGUUUUCACGUGGGCCAGCCAGAAGCUGCUACAAAAGGGGCAUAAUAUGGAAAGACAAGUAACAUACUCCAAUCUGUGCAGACUUCUAGCAUGAUGCAUUGUACUGGAGUGGCAGGAUGUUCCUUGUUUUCAGGUAAAAACUAACUAAAAAAAAAAAAAAAAAAAAAAAAAAGAACAAAACAAAAACAAAAAACAACCUAAACAGCACAAGUCACAGAGGAUUCAUUUAUUAUAUAUUUCAGUUCCUUUUCAGCAUGCAGCCUUGUAGCACAGCAGAGAGAAGUGCUGAGCUUUAACUUAGAGCUGGCCCUACAAGAUCCGUACCUUGUGGCCAGAAAGGCAGGUGGCAGGGGUGGAGUGGCAGGGUGUCCCUACAGGUUUUUCCUUUUGCAGCUUCUCCUGAAACUCGUGGUGCUUUUCUAGGCUAAGCCAAGGAAACAACAUAAGCAGAACGGCAGGUCAAAGACUCUGGCUCAUCUUGGGUGUUCUUAGAGAUCUAAGAUGGGCUCUCUGAAGCUUGUCAGUCACUCUUUUCUCCAGUGCUACCGGUGUUUUUAUUUGAAGCCAUCUGCUUGGUUCAUUAUUUUUGUUUGAUGGGGUGGGAAAAGAAAAUAAUCACCUUGUGGGAUUUGUCCUUCAGUGUGUGAGGUGGAGCAGUGUGGUGAAGUGGAGAGCAGAGUCCCCUUCCCUCCUGCCCCUCAGUUCACUUGGAGAGCGCUGCUCCGUUAUGGUGAAGUGCACUCUUUGUUUGGUGGGGUGGAUAGCUGGUGGACUGUGAUGUGUUGGUUUUGUUUGUUUUUUUUUUUUUUUCCCUCCUCCUGCUGCUUAAGAAAAUCAUCCACUGCCUUGCUGCAGAGCACAUCAGAAGGGUCUGCAGUCUACAGCUCCCUUCUGCUCCAGCUAAAGCCCGGCUGUGUUUGCAGUCCUGAGAGGCCUAAUUGUCAUUCCCCUCUGGCUGCGUAGUGCAAGGUAUGCGCUUGGGGUUGGUAAAGAAAAGAGCAUUCCUGGGCUGAAAUCAAAAUAGCGAGGAGCUGGAGGCAUGCCUGGGCUUUGCUCAGGGCCAGGUAUUCCCUUGGCCACAGCUGGAUCUUGAGGGGAGAAAAGAGCAAUGCAAACAGAGCAGCAGCCAAAAGGGAAUGCCUGUCAUGCCAGUCACGAGCAUCUCGGUUGGUGUAGCUCCCCGGGGCUGCCGGCGGUGCAGGAUGAGAGCUGGGAGCCACGUGCUGUGGGGUCGGGGCAGCAGACGAGGCUGGUGCUGUCACUGAACAGGCUGGGAGCAAGGGGCCACAGUCCAGUGCAGAAGGAAGGCUAACACAUUCCAUCCACGUCCUGAAUUGGACUGAUGGCUUUUUUGGGCUGGAUACAGAAGGCAGCUGAAGAACAAAAGUAAAUAAACUUGACAUUUCUGUAACAAGACGUUGCUGAGCUGCAGUGAGCCCACUUUGGGGCUGCGUGGUGAAAUCAGAGGGCUUUUUUCUAGAAGGCAGCAAGGUUGUUGCCUUACUUUCCUCAUAACCAUCCCUUAGUACAUGCCCUGGUCUCCUGAGGGGUUGUUUUAAUAUUACCUUGAGGUUUUGCACACCUGGAGAGGAGGAGAAGGCCCUAGCCCUUCAACGGGGAAUGUUAACUGCCCGGUGGCAUUUUUCAGUACAUCAUACCUCUGGGCUGAGGGAUAGUCACCUUUUAAAAAAGGCACCUGAAACAUCCUUAUGAUGCCACCUUGCUUCUCCAGAACAUGCAACUAUGGCUGGGAUGUUCUCCAGAACAUGCAACUAGGACCUGAUGAAAUUUUUUUUUUUUUUUUUUUUUGGAUUCAUAUCCCCAGUCAGAGAUACAUGAAGCUGAAAAAAUGGGGGACUUCAAAACUCUGGAACGGCGCAGCUGCAAAGCGGCCUCAGGGAAGAUGGCAAGCUGUGUCCUCUGGCAAGUGUUGCCUUCUAACGGAGGCUCAACUUGACGUCUUUAAGAUUGGGGUGAAGGAAAACAGUUCUUAGCCCCAGUCCCAGCACUCACGAAGAGUUGGGAGUCUUGUCCUUGGGGAUUAGUUGAUACAGAUCUGCUGUGUCCGAGGGCCUGUGCUGCUUUGCCCCGCACGGGGUGCGUCCCUUCCAAAUCCCAACCGAGAAGCCAAAAGCAGGAGGCCCGUUUCCCUGGCCUGUUGGUUGGUUGCCGACGCUUAAGCUGUUCUCCAGGGCUAAAGAAAACUUGGAAGGUCAGUGGGGAGGCUCCCUGGAUCCUGGCUCACUGCUCUGCCCCCGGCUCCGGGGCGCUGCGCCGGGGCUUAUCCCCAGGGCUCACCACAGCGUGCCCGUGCCAGCCCGAGAGCCGCAAACCGCCUCGCCACGCUCGUGUCGUGCAGCGCCCGAGCCUUGUGAACGCUAGCUCCCGUCCAGUGCUCACCCCUGUGCUGCUAUUUCUGUACCAGCUCAAAGCUUGCUCCCAUCUUAGGGGCCGAAAGCAUUGCUUUUAAUGUGUGUGGGGUUUUGUGGUUUUUUUUUUUUUUUGUUUUUUUGGUUUUUUGUUUUUUUUUGUGUGUGUGUUUCUUGGGUUUGAGUCUUUUCGUUACCACCACGUUGAGCACUCGGAAGUUGCUGGGGUGUCCCCAGGUUGGUGGUGGCUGAGGCUGGCUGGGUUUCCCUGGUGGGGGGGUGGCCAGGGGCUGUCCCCAUGCCCUGGGGGGUGGGCACGGUCACCCUGCUGCCCGCUCGACUUCUCAGUGGUUUCACAGGCUGUGCCAAGCGACUCUUCUGCUCCAAUCCUUGCUCAGCUCAAUGCCACCUGCAAUGCCUUGGAUUUUUGUUUGCAUCUUAGAUUUGAUUUUUUUUCUUUUUUUCCUUUCUUUUUUUUUUUCCUCCUUAACAUCCAGCAGAGCUAGCCAGUCUGGCUGGGGCAGAAAAUAGGGUGGGGAAAACGGGGUGGCUGCGGGAACGGAGAAAGGCAGGAGGGUUGGCACAGGAUCUCUGUGUUGCUGGUCCUGCCGCUGUCUGCUGGCAGGGAGGGGACUGUUGCUUGGUUUGAGGCGAGGGACAAUCAUCUCUCCCUCAGUCCUCCUUUUGUAGCACAAAAAAAAAAAAAAAAAAAAAAAGCCCAGCCUGUGGAUUUGUGCUUAGAUAGCUCUCACUGGGGGACCGAUGGGACGGCUCUUGGAGCCCAGCUGGGACGAGGAGGAGCUUGGGGGCUCUCACGGCAUGUGUCUUGACUGUGAUCUGAACACAUCGACUAGCUUAAUAAAAUACAAGAUAUUUGUA